AUGCUGUACGUCGACAAGUACAGGCCACGCGAUCUCAGUGAGCUGCAGUACCAUCCGCAGCUCACGGAGCAGCUCCAGAGCUUGGCGGCGAGUGAAGAUUUUCCUCAUGUCUUGCUGUACGGCCCAACCGGAGCUGGGAAAAAGACGCGUAUUACAUGCCUCCUCAAGGCCCUCUACGGGCCCGGCGCUCUCAAACUCAAAGUUGACCAACGUGUGUUCUUGAACCCCAGCAAGCGGAAGAUUGAGGUCAAUUUGAUCAGCAGCAACUACCAUAUCGAGCUUACGCCCAGCGAUGCAGGUACCUACGAUCGCCUCGUGAUCCAGGACAUUCUGAAAGAGAUUGCACAGACACAGCAAGUGGAUCAAAAUGCGGCGCGUCGGUUCAAAAUUAUUGUGAUCAACGAGGCGGAUCUACUUUCGCGCGACGCCCAGGCGGCGCUGCGUCGUACCAUGGAAAAGUAUAUGCGCAACUUGCGUCUGAUUCUAUGUGCGAAUAGCACCUCGCGGAUUAUCGCACCGAUUCGCUCGCGAUGCCUGCUCUUGCGCGUCGGUGCGCCCCGCGAUGAGGAUGUAGCACGUGUGCUGCGCCACGUUGCGAAGCGCGAGAAGUUCCAUUUGCCCGACGAGGUGUCAGAAGCCAUUGUGCGCGAUGCCGAUGGCAAUAUGCGCAAAGCCAUCCUCGUCCUCGAGACACUGCGUGUGCAAUCUCCGACCUUGGCCGGCCCCCUGUCGAUUGCUCAGCCUGAUUGGCAGACGUAUUGCGAGCGCACCGCCGAUUUGAUCGUGAGCGAGCAGUCGCCAGCGCGUCUCCUAGAAGUGCGUGGACGCCUCUAUGAACUGCUUGUCCAUGCCAUCCCGGCCUCAGUGAUUUUCAAAACAUUAACGCAGUACCUCGUCGCACGUGUGGACGCGUCGUUACGCGCUAGCAUUGUACAGAAGGCGGCAUUCUAUGAACUGCGCAGUGCGACAGGCAACAAGCCCAUCUUCCACCUCGAGGCCUUCGUCGCUCAAGUCAUGUUCCUACAAAAGUCGCUGUUUUUAGGCAUGGAUCUCCAGGAAUAG